UCACUGCACAACAAGAUGGCGGCGGCGGCGGCGAGCGGAGCUGGCGGGGCUGCCGGGGCCGGAGCGGGGGGAGCCGGGCCGGCCGGCCGCCUGCUGCCUCCGCCAGCCCCGGGGCCCCCGGCCGCCCCAGCUGCCGUGCCCCCGGCGGCUGGCCCGCCGCGUCCCCCAGCCCCGGCCUCCCGCGGGCCGGUGCCUGCCCGCAUCGGCUACUACGAGAUCGACCGCACCAUCGGCAAGGGCAACUUCGCUGUGGUCAAGCGGGCCACGCACCUCGUCACCAAGGCCAAGGGGCCAUGCUCAUCCUCUAUUGUUCUGCUGGGACUUCUGGGUUUUAUGGUGUUCUCAGGAGUGCAGGUUGCUAUCAAGAUCAUAGACAAGACCCAGCUGGAUGAAGAAAACUUGAAGAAGAUUUUCCGGGAAGUUCAAAUUAUGAAAAUGCUUUGCCACCCCCACAUCAUCAGGCUCUACCAGGUUAUGGAGACAGAACGGAUGAUUUAUCUGGUGACAGAAUAUGCUAGUGGAGGGGAAAUAUUUGACCACCUGGUGGCCCAUGGCAGAAUGGCCGAGAAGGAGGCCCGUCGGAAGUUCAAACAGAUUGUGGCAGCCGUCUAUUUUUGUCACUGUCGGAACAUUGUUCAUCGUGAUCUAAAAGCUGAAAAUUUGCUUCUGGAUGCCAAUCUGAAUAUUAAAAUAGCAGAUUUUGGCUUCAGUAACCUGUUCACUCCCGGGCAGCUGCUAAAGACCUGGUGCGGCAGCCCCCCCUAUGCUGCACCUGAGCUCUUUGAGGGAAAGGAGUACGACGGGCCCAAAGUGGACAUCUGGAGCCUUGGAGUCGUCCUCUAUGUGCUUGUGUGUGGUGCCCUGCCAUUUGAUGGGAGCACACUGCAGAACCUGCGGGCCCGGGUGUUGAGUGGAAAGUUCCGCAUCCCAUUUUUUAUGUCCACAGAGUGUGAGCACCUGAUCCGCCACAUGCUGGUGUUAGACCCAAACAAGCGCCUCUCAAUGGAGCAGAUCUGCAAGCACAAGUGGAUGAAGCUGGGGGACACGGAUCCCAACUUUGACCGGUUAAUAGCUGAAUGCCAGCAGCUGAAGGAAGAAAGACAGAUAGACCCCCUGAAUGAGGACGUCCUCUUGGCCAUGGAGGACAUGGGACUGGACAAAGAGCGGACGCUACAGUCAUUAAGAUCAGAUGCCUAUGAUCACUAUAGUGCAAUCUACAGCCUGCUGUGUGAUCGACAUAAGAGACACAAAACCCUGCGUGUCGGAGCGCCUCCUAGCAUGCCCCGAGCCGUGGCCUUUCAAGCACCAGUAAGUGUCCAGACGGAGCAGGCUGGUACCACUAUGAACAUCAGCGUUCCCCAGGUGCAGCUGAUCAAUCCAGAGAACCAGAUUGUGGAGCCGGAUGGGACAGUGAACUUGGACAGUGAUGAGGGUGAAGAGCCCUCCCCUGAAGCAUUGGUCCGCUAUUUGUCCAUGCGGAGGCACACAGUGGGUGUGGCUGACCCACGCACGGAAGUUCUGGAAGAUCUGCAGAAGCUCCUGCCUGGCUUUCCUGGAGUCAACCCACAGGCUCCAUUCCUGCAGGUGGCCCCUAACAUGAACUUCAUGCACAACCUGUUGCCCAUGCAAAAUUUGCAACCGACUGGGCAGCUUGAGUACAAGGAGCAGUCCCUCUUACAGCCGCCCACCCUACAGCUGCUGAAUGGAAUGGGCCCCCUCGGCCGGAGGGCAUCAGAUGGAGGAGCCAACAUCCAGCUACAUGCCCAGCAGCUGCUGAAGCGCCCACGGGGACCCUCCCCACUUGUCACCAUGACACCAGCAGUGCCGGCAGUUACCCCUGUGGACGAGGAGAGCUCGGAUGGGGAGCCAGAUCAGGAAGCUGUGCAGAGGUACUUGGCAAAUAGGUCCAAAAGACAUACACUGGCCAUGACCAACCCUACAGCUGAGAUCCCACCGGACCUACAACGGCAGCUAGGACAGCAACCUUUCCGUUCCCGGGUCUGGCCCCCUCACCUGGUACCUGAUCAGCAUCGCUCCACCUACAAGGACUCCAACAGCCUGCACCUCCCCACGGAGCGUUUCUCCCCCGUGCGCCGGUUCUCAGACGGGGCCGCAAGCGUCCAGGCCUUCAAAGCUCACCUGGAGAAGCUGGCGAGCAGCAGUAGCAUCAGACAGCUGCAGCAGGAGUGCGAGCAGCUGCAGAAGAUGUACGGGGGGCACAUUGAUGAGCGAGCCCUGGAGAAGACUCAGCAGCAGCAUAUGUUAUACCAGCAGGAGCAGCACCACCACAUUCUCCAGCAGCAGAUUCAAGAUUCUAUCUGUCCUCCUCAGCCUUCUCCACCUCUUCAGGCUGCAUGUGAAAAUCAGCCAGCCCUUCUUACCCACCAGCUCCAGAGGUUAAGGAUUCAGCCUUCCAGCCCACCCCCCAACCACCCCAACAACCAUCUCUUCAGACCACCCAGUAAUAGUCCUCCCCCCAUGAGCAGUGCCAUGAUCCAGCCCCACGGCGCCGCCUCGCCCUCCCAGUUUCCAGGCUUACCGUCCCGCGGUGCAGUCUUCCAGCAGCAGCCCGAGAACUGCUCCCCUCCUCCCAGCGUGGCCCUAACCUGCCUGGGCCUCCAGCAGCCGCCGCAGUCACAGCAGGUGACCAUCCAAGUACAGGAGCCCGUUGACAUGCUCAGCAGUAUGCCGGGGACAGCUGCAGGCUCUGCCGGGCGAGGCGUCUCCAUCAGCCCCAGUGCCAGUCAGAUUCAGAUGCAGCACCGUACCAGCCUGAUGGCCACCUUCAGCUACGGGCACCGCCCCUUGUCCAAGCAGCUGAGUGCCGACAGCGCAGAGGCCCACAGCUCGAACGGGAAUCGGUUCUCCCCUGCUAACUACGACCAGGCGCACUUACACCCCCAUCUGUUUUCGGACCCGUCCCGGGGUUCCCCCAGCAGCUUCAGCCCUUCAACAGGAGUGGGGUUCCCUCCAACCCAAGCCCUGAAAGUCCCUCCACUUGACCAAUUCCCCACCUUCCCUCCCAGCGCCCAUCAGCAGCCAGCGCACUACGCGGCGUCGGCCCUGCAGCAGGCCCUGCUGUCCCCCACGCCGCCCGACUAUACGAGACACCAGCAGGUGCCGCACAUCCUCCAGGGACUGCUCUCCCCCCGGCAUUCGCUCAGCGGCCACUCGGACAUCCGGCUGCCCCCGGCCGAGUUCGCGCAGCUCGUGAAGAGGCAGCGGCAGCAGCAGGACUACCACGACCUGUUCCGGCACAUGAACCAGGGGGACGCGGGGAGCCUGGCUCCCGGUCUCGGGGGACAGACCAUGACAGAGCGCCCGGCUUUACCGUAUCAGAAUGCUGACUCGUAUCACCACCACCACACCAGCCCCCAGCAUCUCCUACAGAUCAGGGCCCAGGAAUGCCUGUCGCAGGCCGCGCCCCACAGCCCCGCGCACGGGUACGCCCAGCAGCCGGCCCUCCUGCGCUCGGAGAGCAUGGAAGAGGAGUGCUCCUGUGAGGCGGCCAAGGACAGCUUCCCGGACAGGAAGAGCUCAAACACAGUGACCAAAGGUUGCCGUGACAGCCCCCUGCUCUUGAGUACUGGCGGACCCGGGGACCCCGAGUCUUUACUGGGAACUGUGAGCCACGCGCAGGAGUUGGGGAUGCAUCCCUACCGGCAUCAGUCAACUGCAUUCAGUAGAAAUAAGGUGUCCAGCCGAGAGUCUGUCAUAGGGAGCUGCAUGGAUAGAAGUUCUCCAGGACAAGUAAUGGAGCUACCUGAUCACAAUGGACUUGGGUACCCAGCACGCCCCUCUGUCAGUGAGCACCACAGGCCCCGGACCCUCCAGAGACACCACACGAUCCAGAACAGUGAUGAUGCUUAUGUGCAGCUGGAUAAUUUGCCGGGAAUGAGUCUCGUGGCUGGGAAAGCACUCAGUUCUGCCCGGAUGUCGGACGCGGUUCUCAGUCAGUCCUCGCUCAUGGGGAGCCAGCAGUUUCAAGAUGGGGAAAAUGAGGAAUGCAGGGAGAGUCUAGUUGGUCAUGAGCACCCAGACCUGACUGAUGGCAGCCAGCAUUUAAACUCCUCUUGCUACCCAUCCACGUGCAUUACAGACAUCCUGCUCAGCUACAAGCACCCCGAGGUCUCCUUCAGCAUGGAACAGGCAGGCGUGUAAGAGGAACCGGACAGUUUGUGUACAGCUCGGGGAUGAAAAGGUUGACUUUAAACCAACAGUAUCUAGCAGCAUUGCGCCAAAUUGCCAUUGUGUUUCUGUCCACCCAGAAUGUCGUGGCUCCUGACCUCACAUUGGUUCAUCAGUGUGCGGUUCUUUUGGGUUCUGAGGGGGUUUUGCCAUGUAUGCUUGUAUGACCAAGUCACCAAGGAAAUAAACAGGAUAUCCAUGUUUGUCA